AUGACCAGAGACGAGGUGGGCCGGAGGUCAGGAUGGAGGAGUCGCUGGAGAAUAGAAGACAUUGUGACUGUCUUGAUCCUGGACUUAUUACUCCCCGAUCGAGAUUCUACACCAACCCUUCUAUAUGAGACAGAAUCACUCGCCCACCCCUGGGACAACGUGGCCCUGAUCUGUUACACUAUGAUGAGUGGAAAUAUACAACUGCUGAAGGAUGGGAAGGUCUAUCGUGGCCUUCAUCUCAAAGCCCAGGUCAACGAACCCCGGUUCCUCCUGGGGAAUGUGACAGAGGCCACCAGAGGCAUCUACCGGUGCCGCUUGCACCAGGGUAAUUCUAAUGACUGGUCUGCACUUAGUAAGCCUGUAGAUCUGACCCGGAGAGGGAUCCUUCCACUACCAACACUUUCUGCUGAACCUGCCCCCUGGGUGACCCCAGGCUUGAUGACCAAACUUCAUUGCCAAGGACCCCUGAAGCAAGUGUCCUUUGUACUAAGGAAGAAUGAGGAUCAGAAUUUCGUGAUGAGGUAUACGUCCACCUCCUUCACUGGCAUAUUUCACAUCCUUCAACCUGGAAGCUACAGCUGCAGCUAUGAGAUCACGCCCUGGGGAUUCCGAUCUGAGCCGAGCCAGAUGGUGACGGUCCAGAAGCUGGAUUUCUUCCCAGCACCCACAUUAGAAAGAUUGACUGCCAACAUGAUCCUCAAACCAGGGUCCGACGUGCACCUAAGAUGUGCAACACCUAUGCCAGAUGCCACACCCAGCCUGCAGUCAAUGGGAGACUGGUACACCUGCCGCUACUCACUCAAUAAUCAAUAUUCCGUCUGGUCCAGAGACAGCGACCCUGUGGAGAUCCUGGUGAACGACGAAUCCCUUCCCAAGCCAACGCUGUCCCUGGCAUCUAAAGGCCUGAACUUGACCAUGGGCAGUGAUCUGGUCCUGCGUUGCCAGGGUCCACUUGCUGGAGUCACGUUCGUGCUGCUUAAGGAGACCUCACAGCGCCCUCUGCAGGUGGUGAGCUCAGCUGGACACAGGGUGGACUUCCAGAUCCCAGACUUUGGGGUGCACAUGUCUGGGAAAUACAGCUGCCUUUACCUAGCGACCAGGAAUGGGUCUUCAGGAUCUGAACCAAGUGACCACCUGGAGCUGCAGGUGAAGGGUCUGAUGCCGAAGCCCUUGCUCUGGUCAGUGUGGAGGAACACCGUGGCUCCCGGAAGUGAUGCAACAUUGCACUGCCUGAGUCCCCUGCCAGACAUGCACUUCCAUCUCCUGCGAGCAGGCCAGGUGCUGCUCUCGGCACAGUUUACCUUGAGCAGAAGAAUAGCACAGUUCAUCCUGACCAAUGUCCAGCUCCAGGAUGCAGGAAACUACAGCUGCCGCUAUUACCUUCCUCACAGAGACUCAUUGGUCAGGUCUGAGGACAGUGAUCCCAUGGAGCUCCGGGUGGAGAAGGAGUCAUACUGA